AUGGAUCCAGAUCUAGAUCCUGUGGUGAUUCACGAGCUCCCGGCCUCAACCUGGUCCGCGCCAUCUGGGAUCCUCACGCGCCUCCGAUCCCAUCUGCCCUACUCGAUCCCCCUGCUGCGUCGCAUCCAGCAUCACCGCGCGUAUCCCACCUCCACCGCCGUCGUCGUGGCGACGUUUGCGGCGGAUGCGGAUGCAGGCCCACCGGUCCAUGAAGCGACGCGCUGCACUCCCGGCAAAGGACCCUGGCUAGCAGCCUACAUCGACCUGCACGCCGGCCGCGAAACCCAAGUGGUGAUCUACAGCAGCGCCGAAGCGACUUCUGUACUCGAUAUCCCACUCCCCCGUAGCCACAGCAAUGCCCCACAGAGUCCGGAGACCGGUGCGGACCGGCUCUCCCUCCUCCAUCCGGAGCAUGCCCAAACAAUCCGCCGCCAACUCCUCGCCCUCUUUCAGCACAUCCACACCCGCCUGCUCCCCGCGUACACCGCCCACCUCGCUGCGACAGCGACAGCAACAGCAACAGCAACAGCAACAGCAAAAGACCACCAGCUCGCCCCGCCCCCGCCGCAGGCCUUUCUCAUCGGGAACCUGCACACGGGCCUACUGGCGUUGCUUGAGUUGGGCAAGGUGUAUACGUCUGGGUCCGCGGCGUUCGUUCCGGGGAUCAAGGUGCAUCGCUACGAUCGUUCCCCGUAUGUCAAGUAUCUGUUUGGGCGGGAGGUGGUUUGUGCUGGUGCUGGGGCUGGGGCUGGUGCUGGUGCUGCUACCCCGGCCGGCUUCCGAUUCCACACCCGGGAGGGACGGCGCGGCGUCCAGCCGGAACAUUUCGCCCUCGUGCGGAGCCGCACGGUGAUUCCGCGGUCGGAUGCGACGUUGGCGAUGUUGCCGGGGGCGGCGAUUUAUGUGCAGCGGGAGCUGCAGCAGCAGCAGCAGCAGCAUGCCGGGACAGUUGGUGCAGGGGAAGAGGACGCCGAAGACCCCGUGGCGUGGGCGUUUCUCGGUCCCGAUGGGUCGCUGGCGACGUUGCAUGUUGAGGCGGCGUAUCGGGGGCAUGGGCUGGCGGGGCGGGUGGCGCUGGAGGCGAUGAGACGGGGGAUGGUGGAGGAUGGGCGGUGGUGGACGAGGGAGGAUGACCCCGAUACCGGUAUGCUGGUGCAUACGAAUGUGGCGAUGGGGAACGGCGCGAGUCGGCGGGUGAUGGAGAAGUUGGGGGGGAGGGUUGGCUGGACGGUGACUUGGACGGUGGUGGAGAUGUUGUAGUUUAAAAGUACGUAUCCAGUUCUGUGUAAGGCAAGGCGUGGAUAGAGCGCCGCACGAUGGCCUGUGUUGUUCUUCGAGGAAAUGGCGGCAUGCCAGCAAGAGCCGUCCUGAUUCGAGGGUGUCGAAAGGGAAUAAUAUUCGAAGGGCGGGGACUACUCCGUGAAUAUCAU